UGGCUCACCCGCUCACCGGCGCCUGGAAGUUCGAACGGGUUUUAGGCCUCGGUUUUAGUUUUAUCCAAUUAAUUGAUUAUAUAUUGUUAUAAAUUCUAAUAAUUGUUCUCAUUUUGAUAAGAUAAAAUAAAAAAUCUAUUUUUCCAUUCCGUUGUGCAGUUUGGUGCUGUUAAUUAAACCUAAAAUUAAGUUCAAAUCUUGGUUGGAAGUGAAAGCACAAAAUGGAUGUGGACUCUGAUGAAUUUGAUGAUGCAAAAAGUAACAUUGAUGCACUAUCUGAUGAUGAUAUUUUCCAUGACACUUUAGAGGAAGUCGUGGCAGAUGUUGAAUUUUCUACUGCACGCACUCACCUAACAUUUAAUUCUACCAUGGGCGGUGAUUGUUCUACCAAUGUGAACAUGAUGCCUUUACCAGAGGGUUCAGAAUCGUUGCACGGUAAAACAGGCGGUUUAAUAAAAACAGGUCUUGGAUCAAAGAAUGAAAUCUCUUCUGGAAGUUCAGGGAAUCCGAUGUAUUUUCAGAUAGUUCAUAACUCAGGGGAGAUAUCCAAUAACGCAGUUGAAAAUUUUCUGCUAGAAGAACUGAGUAAAAGUACUCGAAGUGUACCUAAGUACCUUGAUGAUUCUUCCUGUUCUGAAAUAAAUAACGUCAUCGAUGAGAUGAUUGAACAAGUAAUAAAUCACGAAAGAAAGGAUGUGCCUGUUGAAAAUGACAGCAGCCCCAAUUUGGAAAAUUUGCUUCUAAGUGAUAACGGAUCUUCAGAAAUUAUUUCUAACUCCAUUGAAGAAUUAACUACUAUUAAUUAUAACCUAUUUAGAACCCAGACAUUAAAUUCGACAGGCAUAAUGGAGAACAUUGCCGGUGCUAAACAAAAUUGUGUUGAAAAUAGUGACAUGACACAAAGUUCUUCGUUUUCAUACACAGAUUUCCAUUUGCAACUAAGUGGUGAAAACUCAGAUAAAAGCGUUACAAAUGUAACAACAAAUCUGUGUGAUCUUGGAACUGAUUGUGUUCGUGAUUCGACUGAAAAUGAGACAAAUUUAAUCCUUGAAAUGCAACGACGAGAAGUGACUAUCCCCAGCUCAAAUAAUAGUUUAGAUUUAGUCAACGGUUCUGCCUCAAGGAGUAGAACAGAAAGGAAUAAAAUCAUACCAAAUAUAGAAUUAUUUGAUGGAAACAAAUCAGUACAUUUAGUCACUGAUUACAUUGCCUUUAAUUGUCGUACCGAAAUUCCAAACGUUCAGAACUAUGUUCACUUUCUUACCUUCAUAAAUAAACAUGCUACAACAAGAAAUCAAAUAUUACAUGAAUGUGUGAAACAAGUUUAUACUACGUCUUUCAAUGUGUGGUAUCUAAAAACACAUUUUGGGAUGAAAGACGUAACAUUUAUAACUGCGAACGAAGGACAAGAAUGCAGGGUUACAAGCACGAAAAAAAAAUUCAGUUUUACAUUUUUAAAUUCAAAUUAUCGACCUGGAUCCAUAGUCGUACUUCUUGAAGGUGAAUUUGGAACCUAUUUGUAUGCAAAUAAUUGCAGAUUUAAUCCUUUCAUGUUGCUUCAGAAUCCGCUUUUGUCCUUUUCACAAGGCACAUCAGGAGGGAAGACACUAGAUAAGUUAUACUUAGAUGGAACAUAUUACUUGUGUCCUUGUACCAUCCCGUCAAGGGAUGAGAUUCUGGAAUCAUUAAUCAAUUUGAUCUGGAGUAAUAAUGAUAAAAUUGUGAACAUAACAACUUCAAUUCUAGGAUAUGAAGAAAUUUUAUCUAGGCUGGCUAAAGCACUCAAUAAAAAAAUUUAUGUGAGUCCCUUGAAGAUGGAAAUUUUGAGUAGGCUCAACCUAGCGAAGUACUUUACCACAGACAUUACUACAACAAAUAUUCGUACAAUUCCUACUGGGGAUUUUCAGAUUAAGAAAUCUAUCUGGCGGGAUAAUUCAGGACCUUUCAUAACAAUCAUUUUAUCAGCCCACUACGUUAUACAUAAUAGAGCCAUUUCAACAUUGGAGAAAUUUGGAAUACACCAUUUUCUUUACACAGAUCACAGUUCAAAUUCUGACAUUGUAAAAAUGUUGAAAUUAAUGAAAGUGAAUAAUGUAAUUGUAUUGAACUCAACACUGAAUUUACCUUUGGCUGGCCUGCAGCAUGAACUUGUUGAAAAGAGAAAAUUGAAAACGUUCCAAACAAAAUUAGAAACUGACGAACAUAAAGCUAAAUAUAUUAUGAAAUUAGAUGAAUACUCUGUUUGGUUUAACGCCAUGCAUAAAAAGGAGAAAUCGCAAAAAAUAAGCAAAAGGAAAAUGAACUUGCUCAGUGGUAAAUUGAAGUGGAUUAAUGAUAAUAUAUAAAUUUUAUCAUGAAAAUAUUUAGUUGUAAUUGUAAAAUAAACUGUUUUGAUCUUAUAAU